CUAUUUAUGCCAGCCGACAGGUAGCGGAAAAUGUUUGCUACCUGUCCGAGGUCGGCGUCCACCGAUGAGGGCUGGAAUCUCCUCGCCCCGGGGCCACGCUCACUCCUACGAGAUGCACUGCUUGGACAACAUGGAGCAACACUUCCAGGAUGCCAUCGACGUUAUCCGGCGGCAUUCCUCUCAUCGCCACUACGACUCAGAGUACGCGUACUACGACACUCAGCAGUGUCAGAUGUCUUACUGCCUGGUCGGCCCUCACCCUGACGUGGCGGCGACCCCCGGUGGCGACUGGUACGACUCCGGGCCGCAGACUUGGUCGCAGGUGUUGCCCGUAGUACCGCCGAUGCAAAGCGAACCCGCCGACGACUUGUACUCGUCCCAACGGCCGGCGCAGAGGAACGGCCGAGGUCGCAAGAAGCUGCGCCUGUACGAGUACCUCCACGAGGCCCUCCACGACCCCGACAUGGGCGACUCCAUCCAGUGGAGUGACGGCGCAAGCGGCACCUUCCACUUUGUGUCUAAGAACAAGGAGCGUUUGGCCGAGUCCUGGGGCCAGCGUAAGGGCAACCGCAAGACCAUGACCUACCAGAAGAUGGCCCGGGCGCUGCGCAACUACAGGCACACGGGCGAGAUCGUUAAGGUGCGGCGCAAGCUCACCUACCAGUUCAACCCCGAGGUCUUGCGCAGGUUGGGCUCAGGACGGGCGCCCGGCGGGACUUUGCCUAGCCCGGUGGCCGCACAGAGCUACUGCGUCCCGUCGGCACCCGACUGGCAGAGUUGGUACGCCGCGCAGAGCCUGGCGCAGGAGUUGGAGCAUGUGGGCGCUUUCGAUGCGCUUUGUUGA